AUGAUCAAUCCAAUACUGCAUGGUAAUCGCUGUGCCACGAUACUUAAUCAGCAAUGUCCUGCCUGUUUUGAAGGAGUCGUGUUUGGCCGAAAGCUGGAAGAGGGCGGCAAUAUUCACGUGGCUACAGAUGGGAACUUCCACCAUCGACAUCAGCGUUCGGCAGGUGAUUCACCCCAUUUUUAUGACCCUUCUUACUUCUUGCUGAAGGCACAGGUUGAUACAAUUGGCCAUCAUAUUGAUCAGAGUCGUAAGUCUGCACCAAAGCCACAUGCACCGCUUGUGCACCAUGAGGCUAUUGAUCUAUGCGAGAACUCAUAUAAGGCCGCUAAUGGAAAGAAGCAAAAAGCCACCAUGGACAGCUUCGACGACACCGGAUAUAAUAUACUUCCUGAAACUGUAACAAAGCGCUUGCGAUUCGCAACAAUGGCUAUGCAUGCCUAUGGGCAUGAGUGGUCAUGCCAGCUUGUAUACAACCCACAAAUAUGUGAAGGCCUUGGCCUUUCAGAUGGAGAAGGCACCGAGAGGCUGUGGUCGAGGUUCAUCCGCUUGAUAGGUAUCCAGCGCUCUUCAUCUAGACAGUAUCGGUUGUGGCUAAUUGACCGCCAAGCUGCCGCCAUAGGCCUUGAAAUGCGCGCAGACCUUGGGGAUUGGAUCCGACAUCAACUCAAAUGUGGAAUUGAUGAGCAAGGGAUGACUGCACAGAAGACCCUGAAUGGAUGCAACACCACAAUUGAAGACUUACGACAUCAUCACCAACGUCUCAUGGACAAAGUUGAUGUACUAUAUGCUUCCCUUAACAUUAACGACAAAUUCCCCAAACUUGAAGGAAUCAACAUUGAAUUUGUUCAGACACUUCUCUUGGCACGAGACCUCAAGAUCAACAUUCGGAAGCAUGCAAUUGGGAGUUUCUUUGAGUGGGACAAACUCAAUUGUGCUGUUGGUGGCUCACAACAAGCAUUAGGCACGAAACUUCACCAGCAGACUCGUAAGGCCAUUUUGAAGCGGCAACCAGCCUUGCUGGCCGCACUAUGUAAAUUCAAUGUGUACUGUGAGCGCCUCGAAGACCUAUAUGAAUCAGGUUGUGGUAUUCCCCUUCCUACACCUCUCCCAACCAAGCUGAAUGAGCUACGUGAUGAUCAAAGUUUGAUGGAGGACAUUUGGAUUGCACCUUCAGUGGGGGAGGUUACUCAUUGGCUGGAUGAUCAGGAUGUCCAUGAUGGUAUAUGUGCUAUGUUAAAGCAUGAUAGAUGCAUCAAGGAGAAACAACAUCUUGGGUUAGAGGCUGAUAACCUUUGCAGGUGGUUUGGUGAUGAGCUCGCUGCAAUAGAACUCGCUCUGCAGUUGCCUCAAAACAUCAGAUUUUCCAUUCUACUAUGCCAAUGGCAAGAGCAUCUUGGACAUCUUCAAAUUUGUUGGUCCAACCCGCUUGCCUCAUUGUUACAGUUUGAGUCCCAAGAAAAACAUGAUAAGUCAUUAGCGAUGAGGCUCUCAGGUGCCACCCAAGCAAUUGCUCUUCGCUGGAUUCCUGAAACCUCAAUAUCAUGCACUACUCCUCUGGAGGAUGACGAGGAUCCGGAGAUCAUCCCUGCUUCUAACGAUGUUCCACCCAAGCAAAUUGCACUUGUCGACGUCAUGGACAUUGAUACCCCUGACAGCGAAGAUGAAGAAGACAUCAAUAUACAGACUGAACAUCACGCUGUCAUCACCUGGCAUCCGCCAAAGAUUUUCGAACCUAAGGACAUCAAGAUCCUCGCAUCAUGUACCGCAUUCCUGAAUGAUGCACUCGUUAAUGGCUGUGCAGCACUCAUCUAUUCUGAGUCUCUGGAAGUUUUUUCUACUGUAGAGCAAUAUGCAAUCAUGUCCACACACGACCUCCCUGUCAUAUCCUGUACCUCCAGAUCCGGAAUUCUGGAACCCCACUACUAA